AUGCUUGAAUUUCUCUUUGUCCUGUCACUAUUGGCGCUUUGCUUCUCAUUGGCAGUUGCACAAGACUCAUCAUCUAACCUGGUGCAGCAGAGCUCAUCAGUGACUCUCGCUGUUGGCGUUUCAGUGUCAGCAAACGGCUCACGGGUGUCACGAAUGCCACAAGUAUGUUCGAGCUGUUCACUGAAUGGUUUCGUAUCUACUCUGCCUCCACCUGGUCUUCAGGAAUUGAACCCUGGGAAUGGGACACUUACUGCCCAGCCUGACGUAUCUGUGACAGCCACAACACUUACUAGGGUUACAUCCUUUUUGGAUGGACGUCCAGCUUCGACGACAAUCGAUACUAUCACGGUAGCUUUUACCAUCGCUCGGCCAAAAGACCCCAUGAGAACCUCUGUCUUCACCACAGAUGGGAUACCAUACACGUCAAACGACUUUCCCGGGAUAAUCUUUACCUACCCAUCUCCAUAUGUUGCUUUCACGGGUUUCCAAUACGCGUCAGCUUGUACGGCUCCACCGACAGCAAUUCCCGUCGACUAUAAACAACAUGUUCAGGACCUUGUUCUCCCUGCAGCGGAAGCAAGUCCGUUGAUCCCUAACCGUGUGCGCAACGCUCUCGAGACAUUCCCCGAGUUCCAACAAUCCGGAGCGAUGGACCUAUCCAACUGCUCGGGAACCGUCGGCGACAACCUGCCGCUAAUCGGACGAAGGUUGGUUGAUAGGCAUAAGCUCUACCCAACCCCAUCGUACGAUGAGUUACCAAAGAGAAAACCAAUUCCGUUUGCUUCUCGUCGCGAACCUUGGCCAACCACCACCGGGUUUGUGCAGAUCGUACCACAACAAAACAGCACCAUAGAGCACACGUCGGUCCUACUUUUGGUGGGUGUUCAGGAUACUCAGAUUACCAUUGAGGGCAAAUCUGGGGGAGAUGACCUACCAGCGGAUCCAAAUCCCCCUGGCGGUAGUGGUGAACGAAAUCAAAGUGGAGGAAAUGAAGGCGGAGGGAACAAUAACGGAGGAGGGAAUACCAACGAAGGCGGCAACACCAACGAAGGCGGGAACUCUGUGGGAGGAGGGAACGCCAACAACGGAGGAUGGAACACUAACAACGGAGGAAAUACGAACGGGGGAGAGAAUCCCAAUGGAAGAGGGGGCAACGGCGGUAGCAAUUCGGGUGGCGAAAGCAGUGGAAGCGGAAGCGGAACCCCCGACGGUUCUGUGGCCACUCCUGGAUCUGGAAGCCCAGGUGGAGGCAUCGAUGGGGGUUGCUCGACCGUUGCUGGCUGCAUUGCCGCAGGGCUAGGAGGAUUGUCUGGGGGUCCAUCGACUGGCGGGACCUCUUCCGGUGAUGGCUCGUCGAACGGUGGCGGCUCCAGUGGGGGUUCUUCGGGCAGUUCUUCUGGUGGCGGAAGCUCAGGCGGAACUACAUCCUCGAAUGGUGGACCGCCAGGUGGGGAGUCUUCUGGCGGAGCAUCUUCAGUCGGGAGUCCUUCAGGCGGCACGGCUUCAGGCGGAGGGUCUUCGAGUGGAGGGUCUUCGUCUUCCGGCAGUGGAUCUUUGGGAGGAGGCUCGUCAAGCGGAGGGCCUUCAGGCGGCGAUUCACCGAAUAAUGGUCCAGGCAAUGGAGGCUCUAGCUCUGGAUCACCAGGCACAAACCCAUCAAAUGGGGGACCUGGACUUGGAGAGUCAUCCGGUGGAAGUAGGUCCUUGAAUGAGGGCUCGUCCAGUCCUCAAUCCAUUCCUAUCGGUGGAUCAACCGUCCAAGUCUAUUCUGGGAAUGAUGGGGUUGUUAUCGGAGGAGAGACUAUCCAACCCGGACAAAUCGCAACGAUCAACGGAGUCUCCAUAUCGUUCCCUACCCCUGGACCUGGUGGCCCAGCCCUUGUGAUAGGUGGAAGCAGUACAGCCGCGCUCAGUCAAGGCCCUCCUACACCACCUACCAUUGUCCUUGGCACUGCUACAAUCACCGCCAAUCCCUCCGGAUCUUUCGUUAUUGGGCCAGGACAGUCUCUCACUCCCGGUGGUACCAUCACUGCCAAUGGCCAGGCCAUUUCCCUUGCCCCCGAUGGUUCCUAUGUUGUGAUCAACGGACAAAUAUCGACACUCCGAGGCCUCGGAUCGAUUCCUUCUGCUUCUCAAGUUCCUGCGGCGCUCACUGUCAAUGGGAGGAUCUACUCAGCAACAGUAAAAGAUGGGAAGAUGUGGUACAGUGUUGCUUCAGGCACCACGCUUACCCCUGGAGGUAUUGCAACUAUAUCAGGUACCGUCAUUAGUCUUGGAACAGAUGCAUCCGAAUUGGUUAUCGGAAGUUCAACGAGCAAACUUCAACUGGGAUCGGUACUUGCAUCGACAACAGGGAGUGGGUCAAUCCCGACUGCUUCUAGCGCAGGCUCAUCGGGAAGCAAGUCCAUAUCAUCAAGCACGGGUCCAUCCGGUUCAUCGGUGUCCGCAACUAGAUCGAGCAGUGCGGCUCCCUCGACAGGUAGUAGCGGAGUAGGGAGAAUGAAGGAUGGUAUUGUCGAAGGAUGGUUGAUGAGUCUCUCAAGUUUUCUGAUUUGGGUUUUGUGA